GUGUGUGAGUGUGAGUGACUCCAGUCCGGUGUGUGUUUCUCAGACUCUGGACCUCAGCAGUGUGUAUUUAUGAGUGAGAGUGAGUUCGACCCGCGGGGGGAGCGGGGGGGGCUGCAGGCCGGAGAGGAGCGCGAGGAGUGUAGAGUCACGCGCAGCGCUAAAGAGCUGUUCCCUGAUGAAGGAGGAGAACCCUGUGAUGAUGAUGGUGGUGAUGAGGAGGAGGCGGAGGAUGAUGAAGAUGAUGAUGAUGACGACAGCGGGACAGAUCACCUCUCAGUGGACGCUCAGUCCUGCACUCAUCUGCAGCCGGCCGAGCCGAUGGGGGGCGGAGCUUUACCCGUCCUGUUCCAGACCAACCACCUGGUGUUCUACGAGAGGUUCAAGGUGUAUCAGGACUACAUGCUCGGUGACUGUAAGCCGUCGGAGGUGAAGUGUUUCAUUGCUGAUUAUCUGGAGAAGGUGGUGGAGCCGUGUGACUGGAGGGCGCUGUGGCACACGGACGUGUUCGACGUGUUGGUGGAGGUGACGGAUGUGGACUAUAAGGACAUGAGGGCGAGGGUGGAGCUGGUUGUCCCUCUGCAGUGUGAGUCUCGGGGGUGUGAGCUGUGUGAGGACUCCAUGAGGACGUUACUGGAUGCCACCGCGAGCCGCGUCCCCCUGCAGGAGCUCAGCGUGGUGUACGACCCGACCGGGGACUUCGACCAGACCGCCCUCGCCCUGGAACAUCUCAGGUUCUUUUACAAACACAUCUGGAGGAAGUGGGACGAGGAGGACGAGGACGAUGAGUUUGAUUACUUUGUGCGCUGUGUAGAACCUCGACUCCGACUGUAUUAUGACGUCCUGGAGGACCGUGUUCCUGCCGGUCUGGUGGAGGAGUACCACAGGCUGCUGGAGCGCUGCACACACACCUUUAAGCAGUUCUCCAGUCUGAGGAACGUCUUGAGCAGCGACUCUGACUCGGAGCUCGACAACGUCUCCAUGGUGGAGGGACUGCGCAUGUACGAGCUCAUGGAGACGCUCAAACGCCGACUACGCAUCAUCGAGAACCCACUGCUCAGGUACGUCCUGGGUUACAGGAUGAACUGCGGUCAGCAGUCGUGUCGUCCUAAAGGCGAGCGUCCCGGAGGAGGACGUGUGGUCCACCUGGUCUCCUCCUCCACCAGCGUCCUGUCUCUCCACAGCCUGAUGAUGGAGAAGCUCCUCCCCCUGUACUCAGGCAGAGAGUUCGAGCUGCAGUUCCACAGUGAGCCAGUGGGGGCGCUAACGGCGUGCUAUGAAGGAGACGUGAUCAUCAUCUGUCCUGGUCAUUACAUCGUCACCAGCGCCAUCAGCAUCGCCGACUCCGUCCAGCUGGAGGGUUACGGUUUGCCGGAUGAGAUCGUUAUAGAGAAGAGGAAUAAAGGAGACGCGUUUGUGGAGUCGGUCGGUGCCGAUGUGAAGAUCUCCAACCUGAAGUUCAUUCAGCACGACGCCAUCGAGGGCAUCCUGUGUGUGAGACAGGGGAGGUUGGAGAUGGAGAACUGUGUGUUACAGUGUGAAACUACAGGAGUGAUCGUUCGAACAUCUGCUCAGCUCAUCAUGAACAUGUGUGACCUUUACGGCUCCAAGGGAGCCGGAGUGGAGAUUUAUCCCGGGAGUGUGUGCAGUCUGGUGGGAAACGGAAUCCAUCACUGUAAGGAGGGGGUUCUGAUUAAGGAUUUUGCAGAUGAGUUGGACGCUCCUCCUCAGAUCACGAUGGUGAAUAACGUGAUCCACAACAACGCAGGUUACGGAGUCAUUUUAGUAAAACCUGAAGACCGCACAGCUGCUGCUAAAGCUGAAAGGAAGGAGGAGCCAUCAGAAGGCGGGGCCACAACACCAGAGGCUGAAGUCUCACAAACAGAGGGUGGGGCUGCAACACAAGAUGCUGAAAACACACAAUUUAAAGGCGGAGCCACGAUGGAUGAGGGUGGAGUCACACAAACAGAAGAUGGGGCUGUAGAAACAGAAGGCGUGGUCACGUCCACAUCGGACGCGGAGCCGACAUGUGUCUCAGAGGAGGAACAUCUAGUUGGAGUUCCUCCGGAAGUCACUGCAGGAAAUGAUGUCAUCAAGCGCGAGCUCCUGGCCACGUCGGUGACGAAGCGGCGCGCCGGCGGGGGCCGCGUGCAGGACGUGGGCGCCAUGAGGGCGGACGAGAACCUGCUGAGUCAGGACAUGUUCGUCUCCAUCGAGGGAAAUCAGUUCCGCCGUAACGCUAUGGGCAGCUUCGGCACCUUCCUGUACUGAGACUCCGCCCACGGCCACGCCCUCAUCACACAGACGCUUCAGACACUUUAUUCUGUAACUCACCCGUUCAGGCUUUUAUUUAAUCUCACGCGGCUCUAACAGCUCGCGCGUCCGCCACUUUGUGUUUAGUUUAAAUAAACGUAGGAAUGACGUGAUGAAUGUAAGCAGUGCCGCGACACUAACGAGGAGUUUUAUUGAAGUUUUAUUGCACACGCAGGGUCGUCACUACUCGCCGUCACUCGUGAUGUGUUUUAAUGUUGCAGUGUUUAAUUUCAGUCACGUUGAUGUGAUGAGACACCGAGCGGUUAAACAGUUUUAAUGGUUUUGGGAUGUGACGUUCACCGCACCGGGAGGGGGGGGGGGAUGGUGGGUGUGAGUGUGUUUCUUGGCUUAGCGCUUCACCUUGUGUGAGACACGUCGCUGUUUAAUUCCUGUUGAUUAAUUUUCAGUGGAUUAAAGGUCUGCUAAAACCUCAUUACGCCUCGGGCGCGUUGAUUAAUUAUAACUUUCAGCGUGUGCAGCCAACACGGAGAAAACUCCCUCAGGUUUGACCUGCAUUAACCUCUAUCACUUCCAGCAGCCCAGGCCAUUAUCAGUGUGUGUGUGUGUGUGUGAGAUUAAUGCUGCGUACAUGUGGAGGUUAAAUCACGACAUAACUCUUUACAGCGUGAGUGUACAGAAGGUGAGGGACAUGACACCUGACGUGAGAGUAAUUUAUACACACCUGUAGACAGAUGUUCAGAAGGAGGAUCAUGUGAACACCUGCUUUAUUUACACAAUCUGUAACACCUGAGGAGUGUGAUUAUUUAUACAAAUGAGUGUUUAAUAUCACACCUGAACGCAGGGGACUUUAAUGAGAGAUUUAAACUAUUUAAUGUUUAACGUGAGACCAGCAGCUCGUUAAUCAUCUGCUGCAUGUCGUUAAUACCGACUUAAACACUACAAUAAGCUCCGCCCCUUGUUCUGUUCUGUAGUGCAUUAUGAUAAGCUCCGCCCCUUUGUUCCAUUCUGCAGUGCGUGAUGAGCUCCGCCCUUUGUUCUGUUUUGCAGUGCAUUAUGAUAAGCUCCACCCCCUUGUUCCGUUCUGCAGUGCAUGAUGGGAAGGUGAGCGUGUGUAUCUGCCCCCUCGGACGCCAGCCCCGCCCCCCGCGGGCUCUUUGAGGCGCUCCUGUCAGGCUGAACUCUUAAUAAGGACGCUCCUGUCACACGGCGGCGUUCGGGACCGCGCUCGAUUUAUCUCUUCAUUUCCCGAGUCAAUUAGAAACGCUUUUGUGUAGUUCAUUAAAGAGCGCGGCGUCCUCGUCUGAAGGUCUGAGCUGCUCGUUUAAGAUUCAUCACCACUCCGUGUCUUCAUUUUGCAGCUAAUUAUCGCUGACAGGAUUAACACACCGUCUGCUGACAUUUUACACUUUUUUUUUUUCCCGAUCAGAAUCAGAAGCUUGAAUUCUCCACAGGAACAUCAUCCGUCCUUCAUCAGGAGCUCCACCCUGAAACACAGCGUAUAAACUUGAGUGUGAUUGAGAUAA